GCCUGUCAUGGGCUUCCUUUCUCUCUUCCUAUCACCACGCGCAUUCCUAUUCACACCCCCUUCCAUUGGGCUGAAGCCAGACUGCCAUCUCUACAAACAAAAAAGAGGAAGAUUGGGCCUCGACAAGCUAUUUCACGCUGCACCGUCAAUUUAAUCAUUACACCCCUGGCAGUCUCAACCUUGCUGUGCACUCCUGUGAUGACCUCCUCAUCUGGUAAGAGGAUUAAAAUCAUUGGAAGCAAAAGGAGUGAGCCAGAAAGGUUUUAUUCAAACAGGUUUCUCUCUAGAAGACAUGAGCAACAUCACCCCAUUGUCCAAGAAAGACGCCUUUUGAUGGAGAGAAAGGAAGGAUGGAUUCCGGACCUGACUCCACAGUUUGGAGAAGAGAUGGAGAGUAGGAACUGGGAGAAGCUAGCCACAUACCAUGCACCUGCCAAUAUAGGAGUGGUGAAAGAUUUUUACACCAAUGCUAAGCCACUAGAGGACUCUCAUACUCAGGACUACAUGAGUUAUACCCGUGGGAAGAUUAUUAGGUAUGAUCCUAAGUCAAUUAAUAGAUUUCUAAAUAUAGAAUGGACAGGUGUGCAGUGCCAGUAUUCAUUGAACGUGCAAAAGGGCACUGAUUUUGAUGAUAUAGAGAGCGUGCUUUGUGUGCCAAAAUGGCACUUUCAUAGGAACCAGAGUGGUGCAACUAUUCACAUCAAAAGAGCUUAUUUGACACCACCCAUAGGGGGCAGGUGGCCACGACGAAGAUGAUUAUAGGCAUGGAUGAUACGCCUCUUGCACACCGGUAGACGAUGGAUGAGUUCAAUAAUGCGGUGGCAUGGCCAGAGGAGCAGGCAUAGGGCAGUGGAGCUGGAGCAACUGAACCUCCAGCCAUGGAUGAGGAUGAUGAGGAGGAUGAUGACUUCGAGGACACUGAGGAUGGAGAGGAGGAGGAUUCCGAUACUCGAACUUACCCGUUUUAUAUUGAUAACGAUCUGGUACACUUGCCAGGGACUUAACAGACGUCUGGACAAAACUUGCUGGACUAAAGUCUGAAUGUGAAAAUUGCCACUUGGGAAUUAAAGGAUUUCAAAUGUUUACUGAGUAUCUGAACACUCUGAGAAAUCCUGAUGAAGUCAAAGAUUAUUCCAGCUAUAAAGCAAGAGGAAUGAAAGUGGAUGAUCGACUUGCUAUACUAGUCAUUUCAUGGAUUCUAAUGCCAAGAGGUGGAAAUCAUGCACAGGCUACUACUGAGGAUUUGCUUUUGCUAAAAGCAUUAAAGGAAAACAUUUAAGUAAAUUGGUCGGUUGCCAUAUCUGACAACAUGAUAAAGGUUACUAAACUAGAAGCUGCAAAACUGCCAUAUUGUGCUUUUAUAUCAAAGGUUCUUGUUCACUAUGGAAUAAACUGUGUCAGUGAGUCAAGUAAACCUUGCUCCAGAACAAGCAUGAUUGACAAUGCUACAUUGCAUCUUAUGCAAAUGAUUGAUACUGAUGAAGGGUGGACAUACAAAAUGAAACUUCAAAUGAAGAAAACGAGCUGAAGUCUAUUCUUAAGAGCAACUACAGAGCAAAAUCUGAGUUCGAGAGAAUCAUGCUGAAUGGAAUGAAAAUGGUGAUAAAACUUUUGAAAGAGCAGAAAGCAACACAAAGUCAUGAAGAACACCUAGAUGAUUCUGAAACUGCUGAUGGAAGUGGGAAAACUGAUGAAGUAGACAGUGAUUCUGAUGAUAGUAACAUGAUACUUGGUGACUUUGUAAACAAAAAGAAAAAGAAAAAUUGACUUGUCUAGAAUUUUCUUUUAUAUAUGGCUUGAUAUGCCAUAUCUUUUGAGUCUAUCUUUUGUUUUGAUUUCCUUGUUUCCAUUCCAUCAAUGUAAUAUCUUUUG